AUGGACAUCCAUUCCUCGAAUCCUCCCUCCCUUGCCACUCAAUUCACUUACUUUCACUCGUCUGAUACUAGCCUACAACACCUCAAACAACCUACCAUGGACAACAACUUACUUGCAAUGCUUGCAGCUGCCGGAGCUUCCCUCGUACAACUAAACAACACUAUAAUCUCUAUUGCUGCUGCUGGAGCGGCCAUCACCUACCUUGGAAAGAUGUGGAACACAUACGAGCCCUACUAUGGCGAUGGAGGGCAAGCUAGGUACACUCGAUUUUUACUGAACGAAGUCAGACCUGAGCUUUUCCGUGAGAUCACUCGGAUGGAACGUUCAACUUUCAACAGUCUAGUUGAGGAAUUGAAGUUCAAUCGACUCCUAAAAGAUGGUCGAUCGGUCUGUGUAGAAGAACAAGUAUUAAUAUUCUUAGACAUCCUUUGUCACAACAAUGCCAUGCGACAGACAGCAGUCAAAUUUCGGCGUGGGUUGUACACAGUAACACGAUACUUUGGUCUUGUUCUUGACUCGUUGGUAAACAUCUAUCCUAACUACGUCAAGUUCAACAUGGAGUCGUGCAUCCAGCCCGACGAUAUCAGCAAAAACCCCAGAUACAAAGCUUUCAAGAACGCUCUCGGGGCCAUCAAUGGUGUAUUUAUACCAGCUACUGUACCAGCCAACAUUCAAAGCCCCUGGCGCAAUCGCAAAGGAUUCAUUGCUCAGAACGUUCUUGCAGCUGUAAAUUUCAACUUCGAAUUUGUCUAUGUUCUUGCUGGAUGGGAAGGCAGUGCCCACGACACCCGAUGUUAA